AUGUCGGAGCCAACUAAAACUCAAAUUGAUGAGAUCUUCAAAAAGCUCACUUCUCAACGAGCAAAUAAAAUGUGCUUUGAUUGUAAAGCUAAAAAUCCUUCUUGGUCGAGCGUAACCUUUGGCAUAUAUCUUUGUUUGGAUUGCUCUUCUGUACAUAGGAAUCUUGGAGUCCACAUCAGUUUUGUAAGAUCUGUAUCUCUAGAUUCUUGGACAUGGGAUCAAUUGCGAAUUAUGAAGAUAGGAGGCAACGCUGCUGCAUCAGAGUAUUUCACAAAACACGGUGGUAACGCUUCAUUGAAUAAUAAAGAUGCAAAAUUAAAAUACACCUCUCGUGCGGCCUUAAAAUAUAAAGAUGAGCUUAUUAAGAGGGCUAAUGAAGAUUCUAAAAAAAAUCCAGAUUUCGAGAUUGUCGACCAAUUUGAAGAGGAACAACAAACUUCUCCUAAAUCUGAUGACUUUUUUGAAACAUUUGACAAAGAACCUGUAGAAAAACCUUUAAAAUCAGAUGAAAUAACUAGUACUGUUGCUACAGACAAGCCUUCUAGUUCUAGCAGUCAUAAGGUUAUAAAGUCUACAUCCACUGGAAGGUCGAACAUCACUGCACGUGGGAAAGGACAAAAAAAGUCAAAAGUUGGGUUGGGUGCUGUAAAACUUCAAAAGCGAUGGUCUUUCAGUUCCCGCUUAGUAUAUAAUGAUGGAUCUCAAUUAUCUGGAGGUUCCCAGGAAACAAUCAACAAACGACUCAGUGACGAUAUAGAGAGACUUGGUAUGGGAGUUUCAAGAUUAGGAUUUGGAAGUGUCAGUGGACCUAUUGCGAACACUGAAGAAAAGACUACCACUUCAAAAUAUAUCGGAUUUGGAUCAACUAGUAAUACAAAUAAUUUAAGCAAAUCAAAUAAUAAUGAUGUUAUUUCAGAUGGUGAUUACGCUCGUCAAAAAUUUGGCGGGCAAAAGGCAAUUUCUUCUGAUCAAUAUUUUGGUCGCAACCAGUAUGAUCCUGAUGCCAUGUCAGAAGCAUCCGAUCGGUUGAGACAAUUCGAAGGGGCAACUUCUAUAUCUUCUAAUCAAUAUUUUGGACGUGAUGAAGAACCUUCACGGCGUGAAAAUUUGGACAUUGGCGGAUUGGGAGUGAACGCACGUGAUUUUGCACACAAAUUCAUUGGACAGGCGGCAUCAGACUAUGAGGCGAUCAAAGCUGUAGUUGAAAAGGGAGGAGAAAAACUGAAGGAUUAUAUCACUGACAUACAG